AUGGGGCCUGGUAAUGCUUAUACUACUAGACAGAAGCUAACAUCUAACAGAAUCUCUGUUUCAGUGUCGAAUGAGCAGUUGAUGGAUCAGCUUAAAAGUACAUGGGAGCUAGAUAACAAUGCGUUAGAGAUAGCAGAAGAUUCUGUGGAAGACAAGAGAGCCAGAGGUAUUUUGGCUAACACAACGACACUACAAGAUAACCACUAUGAGAUGGGACUUCUUUGGAAGUACGAUGACCACAAGCUACCCUGCAAUAAACCAAUGGCAGAAAGUAGGUUGGAAAGUUUAAAGCGAAAACUUGAGAAGAACGACGACUUAAAGAGAAAGUAUGUUGAGACAGUGCAGUCAUACAUAUCAAAAGGACAUGCUGAGCCAGUUCCAGAUAAGAAAGGCGAUGAAGGUAAUAUUUGGUACUUACCCCAUCAUCCGGUGACUCAUCCACGCAAGCCGGACAAAGUGAGGGUCGUCUUUGACUGUGCUGCCAAAUGGAGAGGAGCGUCUUUGAAUGAUAAUUUAUUGAAGGGUCCAGAGUUUACAAGCAGCCUGGUAGAAGUACUUUUGAGGUUUCGACAAGAGCGAGUUGCCUUGGUAGCUGAUGUAGAGUCUAUGUUUCAUCAAGCCCGUGUGCAGCCUUGUGAUAGAGAUGUACUUCGCUUCUUAUGGUGGGAGAAUGGCGACACCAGUAAAUCUCCGAGCGAAUAUCGUAUGACAGUCCACCUCUUCGGCGCUACGUCAUCGCCAUGUUGUGCUGGUUUCGCCUUAAGAAAGACUGCUGACGACAAUGAAAAGGUGCAAGUAGAUGACAUUGGUAAGAGAGCUGUUAAUGUGAUACGAAGUGGGUUUUAUGUAGAUGACUGUUUGACAUCCAUCAGAGAAACUGGUGAGGGUAUUAAAUUGGUUCAACGACUACGAGAUAUCUUGCAACAUGGAGGUUUUCGUCUCACGAAAUGGUUAAGUAACGAUCGCCAAGUACUGAAUUCAAUCCCCGAGUCAGAGAGAUCUCCAUCUGUGAAUUUGAAAUUAGACCAAUUGCCCACUGAGAGAACUUUAGGCGUGUGCUGGGAUGCGGAGAACGACAACUUUGAGUUUCAAGCAGAAGUUAAAGAACAUCCAACUACUCGACGAGGUUUGUUAUCAGCGACAAGUUCGAUCUAUGAUCCCUUAGGUUUUGCCGCACCAUACAUCCUUUAUGCUAAGACUCUACUCCAGACUGUGUGCAGACGUGGUUCAGACUGGGAUGAAUCCUUGACGAAAGAUGAAAUAGGCACAUGGAAUGAAUGGUUGUCCAACAUGUCAAAUCUACAAGAUGUAAAAGUUCCUCGUUGGGUCAGACUAGAAGAUACAAAGAUAAUUCAGCCGCAUGUGUUCUGCGAUGCUUCGGAGAAAGGCUAUGCUGCUUCAGCUUAUUUUAGAACAAUCUCUCACAACAAUGACAUCGCAGUAAGUUUCAUCAUUGGUAAAGCUAAAGUCAGCCCAUUGAAGAAGGUCUCCAUUCCCCGUCUUGAGCUGCUUGGUGCUGUCUUAGCAGUGCAAUUAGAUGGGAUAUUGAGAAAAGCAAUCUCGCCACAGUUCAAGCUUGGUCAAACGACCUUCUGGAGUGAUUCCAUGAUUGUCUUAUGGUAUAUAAAGAAUGAAGACAAACGAUUCAAAACAUUUGUAGCGAACCGUGUGACAAGAAUCAGAGAAGCAUCGAAUCCUGACCAAUGGCGACAUGUUAGGAGUGAAGAUAACCCGUCCGAUGAAGGAUCGAGAGGCACACUCAAAAUGAACAAGUGGUUGACUGGACCUGAUUUCUUGUCUGAAAGUGAAUCUGAAUGGCCGAACAGUCACACUGUUGAAGUUGACAUCUCAGGUGAUGCAGAGGUGAAACUGUCAGUAUUUACUAACAAGAUAACUGUACAUAAUAACACCAUACUAACUGAACUAACAGCAAGAUACUCAUCUUGGUCGAAAUUGGUCGGAGUCUAUGGUUGGGUGCUACGCUUUGUGAAAAGAAUCAAGACAGGCAAAGCAGAGAAUAAUAGAAAUCUGACUGUAUCUGAACUUAAACACAGUGAGACUGAGAUACUUACUUGGGUACAGAAAACCGAAUUAAAGAACUGGAGAACUGACAAGCGCCUUACAAAGUUGACACCUAUCUUGAUGGGAAACCUCUUAAGAGUAGGAGGGCGUAUAUCACAGGCAAGUGUAGCAGAAGAUGCAAGACAUCCGAUUAUAUUACCAGCCAAGUCAGACGUCGCAAGACUUAUCAUUCAGCAUCAUCACCAGAUAGUAGGGCACAGCGGAUGGGCUGCUACCUUAAACUCCAUACGCGAGCGUUUCUGGCUAAUGACUGGUCGCUCCGCUGUUAGAAGCGCGUUGAGAAACUGUGUUGUAUGCAAACGAUAUCAAGCUAGGCCAGCCCAACAAAUGAUGGCGGACUUACCGGCAGAGAGAAUUACUGAUGGAAAACCUUCCUUUUCCUUUGUAGGCGUCGACUAUUUUGGGCCUAUUGGCGUAAAACAGGGGAGAUGUGUAGUUAAAAGAUACGGCUGUAUAUUCACGUGCUUGGUGAGCCGAGCUGUUCAUAUAGAAUUGGCAAAUAAUCUUGAUACGGACUCCUUCAUUAACGCGUUAAGAAGGUUUAUGUGCCGAAGGGGUCAGCCGGAAAAAAUAUAUAGCGAUAAUGGUUCCAAUUUUCAUGGCGCUGAGCGCGAGUUAAGGGAAGCCAUUAAAUCACUAGACGACAACAAGAUUGAACGAUUCUCUCACUCCAAGAUGGUUGAAUGGCACUUCAGUCCUGCAAAUGCGAGCCACUUCGGAGGUGUUUGGGAACGCCUUAUCAAAUCUAUCAGAAGAAUAAUGCAUGGUGUCCUUAGGCAGCAGACAGUUAAGGAAGAUGUUUUAGUCACAGUGCUGACAGAGGUGGAAUGCAUCUUAAACAACAGACCUUUGACAGACAUGUCUCAAGAUGUAAGAGAUGAGCAGCCGCUCACACCAAACCACCUUCUCCUACUUCAGAAUGGUCCAGAAGCUCCAGUCAAUAAUUCAGACCUCUCCAUGCCUUAUGGAAAGAAGCGCUGGCUGCAGGUGCAGUAUUUGGCCUCAUUGUUCUGGCGACGCUGGAAGAAGGAGUACCUGCCAUUGUUACAAAGGAGAAAUAAGUGGAACACACCGAAGGAGAAUGUUAGAGUAAAUGACAUCGUUCUUUUAGUGGAUGAAACAACACCACGAGGAAAAUGGCCAUUGGGCAGAAUUAUGCAAGUCCAUAAGAACAAAGAUGACCGAGUUCGAAGUGUAGACGUGAAAGUGAAUAACAAUAUCCUGAAACGACCCAUUGUCAAGAUAUGUAUUGUUUAUCGUGCCUCCAUUUCUAAUAAGUAA